GUGAGGCCGAGCGAUCAAAAACAAUUUUCUAAACAAAAAAAAUCAAAAGAUUUCUUGAGAUUCUUUACUGAUUGUGUUCUCAGUGUUUCAAUCUUCGUGUUCUUCAUCCCCCUUCUCUGUAAUCCCCGCUUCUCUGAAUCCCUUUCUGUUAAUCAUCUGUCUUUCAGGUUUCUGGUUUUUUGGGUUUGUUUUGAGAACGAACAGAAAGCAAACUUGAGAAAGGGUUUCUCGAAGGGCUAGGUGUUUUCCAGAAUCGAGAUCCAGUUUUUUUUUUUUUGUUUUUGUUUUGGAACGGAUUCUUUUCUAGAUCUGUUUGUAUAUUUUUGUUUUGGUUUUGAGAUUCUUAGAUCGACUUCGAGGGUUGUUUUUGAUUCCCUCUUGGUGGAAUUGAAGGGAUUGGUUAUUUACAGAUCUGCUUCAAUCCUUUUCUGUGUAGAAAUACUUCUUGAUUUCUUCAUCUUCUUGUUUCUGUUGCUGAUUUUGAAUUUCGUUAAGAAAUUAUGGCUGCUUUGAUGGAUUUCUAUGGUUGCAGAGAUCUUCAGUCGUAUCCAGUUGGUGGUGAAUUAAUGGAAGCGCUUGAACCUUUUAUGAAAGCUGCUUCCUCUUCUUCUUCUUUCCUUCCUUCCUUUUCUCCUUCUUCUUCAUCUUUCGAUCCUGAUUUCUCCUCUUCUUUCUCUUCAAUCCAAACGGAGUCCACUUCUUAUCCUUCCGAUUGCUCGCCGCCGGUGGCCUAUUCAUAUUCCGACGGGUUUUCGGCUAACAACCUUCACGGUUUGGAGCAAUCGGCUUCAAUCGGACUCAAUUACUUGACUCCCUUUCAGAUCCAACAGAUCCAAUCUCAAUUCGGUCUUCAGACUCAGAUCCAGCCGGUUUGGGGACAUGUUAACAACCAGCAAGAGCUAACGAAAAACCAGAUGAACGGCGUGAAUUUGCUUGGCCCGAAGGCGAUUCCGAUGAAACAUGUGGGAUCUCCACCGAAAUCGACGAAGCUUUAUCGAGGCGUGAGGCAAAGGCAUUGGGGAAAAUGGGUGGCUGAGAUCCGUCUACCGAGGAACCGUACUCGGUUAUGGCUAGGCACCUUCGACACCGCUGAAGAAGCCGCUUUAGCCUAUGACAAAGCCGCCUACAAGCUCCGAGGCGAUUUUGCCAGGCUUAAUUUCCCUCAGCUGAAGCACCACGGCUCCUCCGUCGGCGGCGAUUUCGGCGAGUACAAGCCGCUCCACUCCGCGGUCGAUGCUAAGCUCGAUGCCAUAUGCCAAACUUUGGCUGAGUCGCAAAAACAGGGGAAAUCGAACCGAUCUGCCUCCUCGAGGAAGUCGAAAUCAUCAUCGAUUUCUUCCACGGUCGGAUCGGAGUCUCAGGCACCGACGGUGAUCGAUUCUGACGACGAUCUGAAGGCUGGCGAGGUCAGGUCAAGUGGAUCAGAGAUCUGUUGCAAGGCGGAGAACUCCUCGUCGCCGGUUUCAGCCGAGAGCGACGAGUCAGCAGGAUCUUCGCCUUUAUCAGAUCUGACGUUCCCCGAUCCGACAGAUUCGCCAUGGGAACAGCCGUCAGAAAGCUCUAUGUUGCAGAAAUAUCCGUCUGAAAUCGAUUGGGCUUCGAUUUUCACUUCGUGAUGAUGAUUUGUGUAAUUGUGUUAGUAAAAUUGCUUAGGCCGUCGUAUUUUAGGGGAUUCUGCGACUAAAUUUUUGCAGUUUGCAGAAUCGGUCUCUUUCUUUCAGUGUUUUUAGGGCUUUGAAAGUUGAUGUAUGUUAAUGGCAUUAUGACGAAGUAGUAGAAGUGAUAAUUCCUAGGGAAAUCUCCGCCACCGCCAUGCCCGGCGGCCAACUUUUUUUGAGCUUUCCGGCCGGCGGAAGGGAUGUAGAAGUAAUUAUCUUUGUUGUUGUGUAGUAGAGUCAGAUCGCAGUACAUUUCUGUAAUUUUCUCCUUCUAUUAAUUAAUGUAAAAUGUUGUUUCUUUUUUUAAA